UUUUAAAUUUUUUGGAAUUAUGAAAUACAAUGUUGUGGGUACAAAAAUAUUUGGAUCAAAAUGUAUGAAAGAUUAAAUUGUGGGGCGUAAAAUAUAAUUUUGUAGGCGUUAGAUUCCACGCUGGACAGGGCGGGGGCGGGGGCGUUCUGCUCUUCUCCGCUACUCCAAGAAAACUACUCCCGCAACCAUCGCUGUCUCCGCCACCACCGCCUCUUCCAAUACACUCAUUUAUUUUUAGUAUACAAGAAAUUGUGUGUUUUCAUCUUGUUUUUCUAUCUCCCCUCUCAGUAUGGAAAUUCGUCGGAGGCCGCUCAACCACCCUCUUCCUCCUUCUACCGUCUCCCGCGACGCCGUCUGCCGUAAGGCCUCCGAUGCUCUCCCUCUUCCUCUCUAUUUAACCAACACCAUUUUCUUUACGUUGUUUUUUUCCGUUGCCUACUUCCUCCUCCACCGUUGGCGCGACAAGAUCCGCAACUCCGUCCCGCUGCACGUUCUCACCCUUUCCGAGCUCGCAGCCGUUCUCUCCCUCAUCGCCUCCUUCAUCUACCUUCUGGGUUUCUUUGGGAUCGACUUCGUCCAGUCCUUCAUUUCGAAAUCCGAGAGCGACGACGAAAACCAGCAGUGCGUUGUUCACGAAGCUCGAAAGAGUCUUUGCUCUAUUCCGACCCCGGUUGUUUCCAAGCUCACAACCAUGGACGGUUCGCAAGACGAUGAGGGCCUUAUUAAGCGUGUUGUUUCUGGCGAAAUCCCGUCUUAUUCCCUGGAAGCGAAGCUGGGGGACUGCUUCAGAUCGGCCAAAGUUAGGCGCGAGGCGGUGCAACGGAUGGCGGGAAGGUCGAUGGAUGGAUUGCCUUUGGAGGGGUUUGAUUACGAUUCCAUUUUGGGGCAAUGCUGCGAGAUGCCGGUGGGGUAUGUGCAGAUUCCGGUUGGGAUAGCGGGGCCUCUGUUGUUGAAUGGCCGUGAGUACUCGGUGCCGAUGGCCACCACGGAAGGGUGCUUGGUGGCUAGUACUAACAGAGGUUGUAAGGCAAUCUACACUUCUGGUGGUGCCACUAGCGUGCUUCUCCGGGAUGGGAUGACCAGAGCUCCGGUGGUGAGGUUUCCGUCAGCGAAGAAGGCGGCAGAGUUGAAAUUCUUUUUGGAGGAUCCCCUUAAUUUUGACACGUUGUCUGUUGUUUUCAACAAGUCAAGUAGAUUCGCGAGACUCCAAGGUGUUCGAUGUGCAGUCGCCGGGAAAAACCUAUACAUUAGAUUUAGCUGCAGCACAGGUGAUGCUAUGGGGAUGAACAUGGUUUCUAAAGGUGUUCAGAAUGUUUUAGACUUCCUCCAGAGUGAUUUUCCGGAUAUGGAUGUUAUUGGCAUUUCUGGAAACUUCUGUUCUGAUAAGAAACCUGCUGCAGUCAAUUGGAUUGAAGGGCGUGGAAAGUCGGUUGUUUGUGAGGCUACCAUUACUGGAGAUGUGGUGACAAAAGUGUUGAAAACCACUGUUCAUGCUCUUGUUGAGCUUAACAUGCUGAAGAACCUUACUGGUUCUGCCAUUGCUGGUGCUCUUGGUGGCUUCAAUGCACAUGCUGCCAACAUUGUUUCUGCAAUUUUUAUAGCCACUGGGCAGGAUCCAGCUCAAAACAUAGAAAGUUCUCACUGUAUUACUAUGAUGGAGGCUGUCAAUGAUGGCAAGGAUCUUCAUGUUUCUGUGACUAUGCCGUCUAUUGAGGUUGGCACAGUUGGAGGUGGAACUCAAUUGGCAUCACAAUCUGCUUGCCUCAACCUCCUAGGUGUAAAGGGUGCAAACAAAGAGUCCCCUGGAUCAAAUUCGCAGCUGCUAGCCACCAUAGUCGCUGGUUCAGUCUUGGCAGGUGAGCUUUCUCUAAUGUCUGCCAUUGCAGCUGGCCAACUAGUUAAAAGUCACAUGAAAUACAACCGUUCAAGCCGAGACAUUACAAAGCUCGGCUCCUAGGAUUAGAGACCUCCCAGCUAGAAGAUUAGAGUGAUUGACGGGUGAAGAGAUGACUUUUCAUGUGAGGAUGCUCGUGUGGUAGCUGGAAAAUCAGCAGGCAUGUGAAGUUUAAACGUAAUGGGGCUAACAGGCCGAAAUGUAGCUUCCGCGACUAAGCUGGAAGCAGCCCCACACUACUACAGGACAUCUGGAGUCAUUGUCCCCAUGUGUUUGUACUGCAUCAUUUCUCUAUUUUCUUAGUUAUUAUCUAUUUCCCAUUUUAGCAGAUCAAAAUUUUGUUGAUAGUUAUUGUUAUCUCUCGUCUUCUGGGUAGGGAGGGCUGCCUUAUAACAGAUCUUUAAAGAUGUUUGUGGUUCAUCGCCUUGUCUGAUCUUAGUUAGUUUUGUACAGGUUAAGAAACUUACCCUGGACUGAAGUAAUGUUUACACUCUUUGUAGUUUAUCUGGUGCUGUUUAGACAGUUGUACGAUGGUGGUAGAUGUUGUAGGGUCUAAUGGUUUAUGCAAUAGAAGGAAGAUUACUUUUUCA